AAAACGAGCAACAUAUAUUUAUUUCCAUUGGUAUUUUGCUACAUAUAAUGAAAAUAAUGAAUAUAUAUAUUGUAUAUUUGAAACAAUAAAAUAUUGAGUAUAUAUCAUUCAAAAAUAGAUAUAUACAGUAUACGUAAAAAAAAGGAGGGUUCAUGAAAAUAGUAACGCUGCUAAAUUAUUUUUCCGUAUUCCGGAUUAUAUUAAUCAAGAUUAUUUUAACAGACAAGAUGUGUGUUAUGUCUAUAUUCAAAAUGAUAAAGCAAUUUAAAAUUUGGUUUAAGAUGUGGCGUAAUGUUCAUUUUCUCUUUCAAAACCAAACAUUAUUUAUAAUCACAUAUCAAAAAUUUUGUAUACCAUAUAUUUAAUUAGUUAAAGUUCUGAUAG